AUGAACCCAGCUCUGCUGGAGGACGACAUCGUCAUGUUUGUGAAGGACCAGCUGAAGAAGAUCCAGAAGGUUCUGAGUCCAGAUUACCCAGAAUCCUCAGAGAGUCUGGAGGAGGAUGAAGAUGAAGAGCAGGAGAGCAUCAGAGAGACACUCGUGAAGAUCACAGUGAAGUUCUUGAGGAGGAGGAAGCAGGAGAAGCUGGCUGACCUCCUGCAGAGCAAUACUGUUGCUGUCGUUUGUCAAUCCAAACUCAAAGAUCAGCUGCAGAAGAAGCACCAGCAUGUGUUUGAGGGGAUCAUUAAAGCAGGAAAGAAAACCCGUCUGGAGCAGAUCUACACGGAGCUCUACAUCACAGAGGGAGGGACCGGAGAGGUCAACGAUGAACAUGAAGUCAGACAGAUUGAAGCAGCUUCCAGGAAACCAGACAGAGCAGAAAUGGCAGUCAGACAGGAAGACAUCUUUAAACCCCCACCUGGAAGAGAUGAACCAAUCAGAAUGGUGAUGACGAAGGGAGUGGCCGGCAUCGGGAAAACAGUCCUAACACAGAAGUUCAGUCUGGACUGGGCUGAAGGCAGAACCAACCAGGACAUCCAGUUCCUGCUUCCAUUCACCUUCAGACAGCUGAAUGUGCUGAGAGAGGAGAAGUUCAGCUUGGUGGAACUAGUUCAUCGAUUCUUCUCUGAAACAAAAGGAAUCUGCAACUUUGAAGGGUUCCAGGUCGUGUUCAUCUUUGACGGUCUGGAUGAGUAUCGACUUCCUCUGGACUUCCACAAUUCUACAAUCGUCAGUGACCCCAGAAGGUCCACCUCAGUGGACGUGCUGCUGACAAACCUCAUCAGGGGGAACCUGCUUCCUUCUGCUCGCCUCUGGAUCACCACACGACCCGCGGCAGCCAAUCAGAUCCCUCCUUACUGUGUUGACAUGGUGACAGAAGUCAGAGGGUUCACUGACCCACAGAAGGAGGAAUACUUCAGGAAGAGGUUCAGAGAUGAGGAGAAGACCAGCAGGAUCAUCUCCCACAUCAAGACAUCACGGAGCCUCCACAUCAUGUGCCACAUCCCAGUGUUCUGCUGGAUCACUGCUACGGUCCUGGAGAACGUCCUGGAGAACGUCCUGGAAACCAGAGAGGGAGGAGAGCUGCCCAAGACCCUGACUGAGAUGUACAUCCACUUCCUGGUGGUCCAGGCCAAACUGAAGAAGGUCAAGUAUGACGGAGGAGCUGAGACGGAUCCACACUGGAGUCCAGAGAGCAGGAAGAUGAUGGAGUCUCUGGGUAAACUGGCUUUUGAGCAGCUGCAGAAAGGAAACCUGAUCUUCUAUGAAACAGACCUGAGAGAGUGUGGCAUCGAUAUCAGACAGGCUUCAGUGUACUCAGGAGUGUUCACCCAGAUCUUUAGAGAGGAGAGCAGGCUGUACCAGGACCAGGUCUUCUGCUUCAUCCAUCUGAGUGUCCAGGAGUUUCUGGCUGCUCUCCAUGUCCAUCAGACCUUCAUCAAGUCUGGAGUCAACCUGCUGGAGGAACAAAGAAACACCGACCUCCAUCAGAGUGCUGUGGACAAGGCCUUACAGAGUCCAAACGGACACCUGGACUUGUUCCUGCGCUUCCUCCUGGGUCUUUCACUGGAGACCAAUCAGAACCUCCUACGAGGUCUGAUGACAUCAAACCAAAUAAGUUCACAGAACAAUCAGGAAACUAUCAAAUACAUCAAGGAGAAGAUCAGUGAGGACCUGUCUGCAGAGAGAAGCAUCAACCUGUUCCACUGUCUGAAUGAACUGAACGAUCGGUCUCUGGUGGAGGAGGUCCAAGAGUCCCUGAGGUCUGGACGUCUCUCCACAGAUAAACUGUCUCCUGCUCAGUGGUCGGCUCUGGCCUUCAUCUUACUGUCAUCAGGAGAUCUGGAGGUGUUUGACCUGAAGAAGUUCUCAGCUUCACAGGAGGCUCUCCGGAGGCUGCUGCCGGUGGUCCAAGCCUCCAAGAAAGUUCUACUGAGUGGCUGUCACCUCUCAGAGGACAUCUGUCCACUUCUGUCCUCAGUUCUCAGCUCUCAGUCCUCCAGUCUGACAGAACUGGACCUGAGCAACAACCACCUGCAGGACUCUGGACUGGAGCAGCUGUGUCCUGGACUGGAGAGUCCACACUGUCACCUGGAGUCUCUCAGACUGAGUGGCUGUCACCUCUCAGAGGACAUCUGUCCACUUCUGUCCUCAGUUCUCAGCUCUCAGUCCUCCAGUCUGACAGAACUGGACCUGAGCAACAACGACCUGCAGGAUUCUGGACUGGAGCAGCUGUGUCCUGGACUGGAGAGUCCACACUGUCACCUGGAGUCUCUCAGGCUGUCAGGCUGUCUGAUCUCAGAGGAAGGAAGUUCUUCUCUGGUCUCAGCUCUGACCUCCAACCCCUCCCACCUGAGAGAGCUGGACCUGAGCUACAACCAUCCAGGAGAGUCAGCAGCGAAGCUUCUGUCUAGAGUGGAGGAUCCCCGCUGGAGACUGGACACUCUCAGGGUGGAGCCUGCUGGACAACGAUGGCUGACACCAGGUCUGAGGAAGUAUUCCUGUCAACUCACCGUCGACACAAACACAGUCAACAACAAGAUCAAACUGUCUGAUGACAACAGGAAGAUGACACGUGUGGGGGAGGUUCAGUCGUAUCCUGAUCAUCCAGACAGGUUUGAUUUCUAUCCUCAGCUUCUGUGUAGAGAAGUUCUGACGGGUCGCUGUUACUGGGAGGUCCAGUGGAGCGGACAUGUUUAUGUAUCAGUGAGUUACAGAAGAAUCAGCAGGAAAGGAGACUCUGAUGACUGUAGGUUUGGAGGAAACGAUCAUUCCUCGAGGCUGUACUGUUGUCCAGGUGGUCGGUACCGUGUCUAUCACAAUAACAGAGAAACAUCCAUCACCUCCUCAUCUCCAUGUCCAGACUCUGGCAGAGCAGCAGUGUACGUGGACGUUCCUGCUGGAACUCUGUCCUUCUAUGAAGUCGUCUCUGACAGACUGAUCCACCUCCACACCUUCAACACCAGCUUCACUGGACCUCUCUGUGCUGGAUUUGGAUUCUGGUUUGGUUCGACAGUGUCUCUGUGUCCAGUUUAGUCUCCAGAGU